ACGCACGCACGCACGCACGCAUACGCACCGCACGUACACGCUCCACCCACCGCGCCCCGCCCCCUCGUUGACUGCGUCGCGGCUUGCGCGCCAACCACAGCAACAGCGAACGAUGGCCUCCUUCGUUGUGGCCGCCCGUUGGUCUCUCCGCGCCAACGCCCCGGAGGAACUUUCCUUUGAAGAGUCCGAGGAAAUGAUCCUGGUCAAUGUGGAGAAUGAUGACUGGUAUCGGGUGCAGAACUUCGCCGGCAAGAUUGGCAUGGUCCCGCGCAGCUACUUCACCCCCCCGCGCGUAUUGAGCGCCAGCGUCCUGGUCCCGGUCGCGGUCGCGGCCGCCGCGCCGGCCGCACCGGCCGCCACCGGGCAGGUCACCUUCGAGGCCCUCGGCGACUACUCCGCCGUGUCUGCCGAGGAGCUGUCCCUGCGCCUGGGCGACCUGGUGCUGGCUGACGCCGAGGUCAACCUCCAGGACCAGGACUGGGUGUGGGUCCAGUCGGCCACCUCGUCGGCCACCGGGUAUGUCCCCAGCAGCUACCUGAAGCAGGCGGCCCCGGGGCCGGCGGCCGCCACCGCCACCGCCACCGCCACCACCUCCCAAGCACCGGCCCAUUCGGCGGCCACGCCCCCGACCCGAGGCGGCAUCUACGGCACACCAUUGCGCGAGGCCGGGCCCAGUGGCAUCGCCUCCGCACGGGGCCCCGGCCCCGGGAGCAGCAAGUUCAGCCCCCCGCCGGCGUCCUUCUUCCCGCCGCCCGCGGCCGCCGGGAUGGGGUCGGCCGCCGGCCCGGGGACGCGCUCGCUCGACUCGCUGCCGGUGGCCUCGCCGCGCGCUGCCCCCACCCCGGCACCGGCCACCGCCAGCAGGGCUGGCCAAUUUGCCAUGCCCCCAGCCCGAUCAUCGUCCACCACUCCGGCCGGUGGGCACCACGCGGCUCCGCCCCCCCCGGCUCCCUUCACCCCGAUGACCUCGCGCUCGCCCACCCCCUCGGGCAGCGUGGCCUCCGCCCGGGCGGCCUUUGCCGGGCCGCCCGCCGGCGCCACCCCCGGCUUCGCCCCUCCACCGACCAAGUCGGCCUUUGCGCCGGCGCCUCCCCCGGUGGUUCCCUCGCGCACGGCUGCCUUCACCCCGCCGCCGAGCACCUUCUCCUCGCCGGUCCCGCCGGGCCGGUCUCCCUCGCCUCCGCCGGCUGGCAACCUGGCGGCCGCACGGGCUGGCCCCCCUCCGCCGCUGCCGGCUCGCGGCAAUGCUGCCGCCGCCGCCGCCGCGGCCGCGGCCGCCCAGCCGCCUGCCAUCGCUCGGACCCUCUCGGCCCCGGCCCCGGCCAAGGCGCCCCUCCCGCCGAGCCACACGCCUGCCGCGGCCGCGGCCCCCGCCGCCUCGGCCACCGGCUCCACCGGUGACCUCUCCGACCGCUCGGCUCGUGGGCGCCAGCCAUCGACCAUCCCGAUCCCGGCCAAGGCCCGGUGCAUCCGCCACGAGCGCCAGGCCGAUUCGCGCACGGUGUUCUUCGUCUGCGAGCUCACCUUCAAUGGGGGCCUGCCUCCGCGGUUCAUCUGGCGCUCCCACCAGAACUUCCUCGAUUUCCAGGUCAGCCUGCUGGCCCUCUUCCCGGCGCAGGCAGUUGCCCGCGGCAGCUUCCGCCCCAUUCCCUACCUGCCAGGCCACCGGCUUCUUGUCAGCGAGUCGACGCACGUCAAGCGCCGCGCCGAGAUCGACACCUAUCUGACGGAAUUCUUCGAGCCGGCACGUCUGCCGGCCGAGCUGCUGGGCUGUGCCCUGGUCGGGGACUUCUUCAUGGCCCGGGAGAUCGACCUGAAGAAUGACCCCCAGCUGGCGACCACCACCAUCGGUGGCCCGGGCGCCGGGGGCAUCAGCAGCCGCUCGGCUCUGGAUUUGCCCUCCGGAUCGCCGACCCUGCUGCCGGAACGCCGGCCGCCGGCCUCGGCGCCGGUCACGCCGCGGCCGCCACCGCCACCGGCCGCCGGGGGGAUUGCCUCGCCGCGCGCCGGCGGCCCGCCGCCCCCCGCUGGCGCCGCGCCCGUCCUUGUCAAAAUCAGCCAUCCCUCCCUCGGGGAGGCGGUCUUCGUGACCUUGCGGAUCGCGCCGGCCGGCGUCGGGCUCGGGGAGCUUCGGCGCCUGGCGGCCGCCAAGCUGACCGCCGCCAAUGGCACCCGGCCCGGCGCAUCGGCCCCCCUGCGAGCCGUGGACAUCCAGUUUGAGGGGUUCACCCCUGGCGCCGGCGCCGGCUCCUCAGACCUCACCUCCUGCGGCAACCUCCAGUCGGACAGCCAGCUGGGCCGGCUCCUGGCUUCGGCGGCCAACUCCCCCAGUCGCACGGUCUACCUGGAGGUCCUGUCCAACGCGUGAGUCUGCACGCACCGACGGCCCGGGCGCCGGCCCCACUCCCGCACGCAAACGGGUUCUUCAUUUGCGGAACCAAAGUGGCGGCGGGGGGCGGCGCGCCCAAACAGCGCACAAGACCAGCCAGGGGGGCGAGAUCCCAUGUGGGAUGAACCGCUGGCUGGGGCACACCUUGUUGGGGG